CCGAGAGGAGAAGUGUCAGACGGAUACGGAUUUGGGCUCUGCAGUCUGCAAAGGAAAACUGUCAUUUGUUCUCAUCUGACAGUUGUUUUUUUCCUCCCCUCCCUUUAAAGAAAAAGUGCGAUGAUGAAUGAUUUCCAUCAGAUCCUUUUUCACCAGACGCCUUGCUCAUCUUGACCAAUGGGAUUAGGUCGAAAAGGGUGAAAGUUGGAUUUAGUAAAUCAGUUGUUCGUUGUGGUUCUAACCUGCAAUAAUCCGGACCAGAGUUUGACAAAGAAAGGCAGAGAAUCGGACUUCAUCUGAAAGGAUGCGUGUAGUCUGGAUAUUUCUCCUCUUCAUUGAGGAGGGAUUUGCUCUGGCACAGAAGACGAGAGAUGCAGGUGCAGGACCACAGGGAGUUAAACCCUCUCAGAGGCCGCAUCGUUCUCGUCAUUGUGGAACCUGGGCCCGGGACACAGAGGGCGGCAGCUUCAGCUCCCCCAACUACCCGAACACGUACCCUCCCAACAAGGAGUGCCUUUAUGUGCUGGAAGCGCUGCCCCGCCAGAGAAUAGAGCUCCAGUUCAAUGACGCCUUCUACAUCGAGGCGUCAUUCGAGUGUCGUUUUGACCACAUCGAGGUGCGGGACGGUCCCUUCAGCUUCUCGCCACUCAUCAAUCGUUUCUGCGGCUCGGCCAGUCCCGGACUCGUCCUCUCCAGUGGACGCUUUAUGUGGAUCCGCUUCUUCAGUGAUGAAGAGCUGGAGGGAAUCGGCUUCCAUGUCCAGUACAGCUUUACUGCAGACCCUGAAUUUCAUCUUCACGUGGGAGGACUUCUAAACCCCAUUCCAGAUUGUCAGUUUGAGCUGUCUGGGGCUGACGGCCUGAUCCGUUCCAGUCAGGUGGAGGAGGAGUACAAAGUGAAGCCCGAGCAGGCGGUGGACUGCAUCUGGACCAUACGAGCUCCAACAAACAACAGGAUUUACCUACGAUUCUUGGAAUACCAGAUGGAAAACUCAAAUGAAUGCAAGAAAAACUUUGUGGCUGUUUAUGACGGCAGCAAUGCCAUUGAGGACCUGAAGGCCAAGUUUUGCAGUACAGUAGCUAACGACGUCAUGCUGGACACUGGUGUCGGAGUAGUGAGGAUGUGGGCUGACGAGACGAGCCGUCUCAGCCGUUUCCGGAUGCUGUUCACUUCUUUUGCCGACCCACCGUGUGCAGCCAGUGCGUUCUUCUGCCACAGUAACAUGUGCAUCAACACCUCUCUGGUGUGCAACGGCAUACAAAACUGUGUCUUUCCUUGGGAUGAAGGCAACUGCAAAGAGAAAAAGAACAAAGGUCUUUUUCACCACAUCACAAAGACCCACGGGACAAUAAUCUGUGUGUCUACGGGAGUUGUGCUGCUGCUACUCAUUGUCUCCAUCCUGGUGCAAGUCAAGCAGCCACGAAAAAAGGUGUUGGUACGUAAGAAUAACCUGUUUCCCCGGGGCGACUUCCAGGAAGUGUUUGACCCUCCCCAUUAUGAACUCUUUACUCUCAGAGACAAGGACAUGUCUGGGGACCUUGGCGAGUUAUCGGAGGAACUCCAGUCCCUGCAGGCGCUCAGGAGAUCCUCAUCAGGUUCACGCUGCGUACACGAACACCACUGUGGCUCUCAGGCCUCCAUCACCUCCGUCAAAGCCAGUCAGGGUGCACAUGGCCUGGGCAGGGGAUCCAUGGAGAUCCCUUCUUUCAGAGGGGACUUCCAGAGCACCUUACCUCCCUUCAGGGACUUGAACAGCAGCCUGCGUAAGAAGAGCUGGCCCAGUAUGAAACCGGGCCGGAUGCCGAGCCAUCACAGUAUGGGGGACAGAGCACUGGAGCGGCAGGAUAGAGUGAUGGAGGAGGAUGUAGAAGAGGAGGAGGAUGGAAGGUAUGAUGUGUAUGUACGCAGAGCAGGAAGCCGAAGAGGGAACUGUGAAAUUGCCCAGCAAAGAUCCUUGUCCAUGGACUUCUGAAAAGAAGAGACAAGGUUGGUGCAGUGAACACUACAGCAACAACAUUUUCAAAUCAGUGCCACAUCUGGGAGAACUCACACAUUUACAGGAUAAAGGAAAACUAAAGACACUGUGGAUAUAUUUAGUUGAAUACAUUUUACUGUAAUGCAAAUAGACUUUGUUGAAGUACGUUUUGAAUCAAUGUUUGUGUUCUAGAAGAAAGUUUUAAGAAGAAGCAUGGUUACAUUUUGUGCAAAAAUAAAGGAGGAAAAAAUAUCACUUUUGCUUAAUCUAUUACCUGUGUUAAAAAAUAAACAUCUACAUUUCCUCAGCACGGGUUAAGGAAAAGUCUUCUGUGUAGUAAGUUUUUAACAGCAGAGAUAGAAAGUCCCUCAGUGCUUCUUCCCUGCGGAUGGGUGUGUGUUGAUCAGGAAUCUUCAAAUAGGUUUGUCACACCGGUUUGAUUGGCGGAGUUACCUCUGUAAUUUUGGUGGACUGCCAAAGUGUUGCGUUGUUAUAAUCCAACCAACUCCAAACUCUCCACUGGCGCACCUAUCCCUGUCAAACACAAACAACUGUGUUUUUGUUUUUUUAAAUUUCCGGAUUGUACAGACUGAGUAACUGAUGGAUUAGCACAUUAACCUUUGAUUGCCGAGUUUCCUUGUAAAGUUUUUUUUUCCACCAUAUAUAU